AUGGGGUCGAGAAGGUUACUUGGGAGCUCGAGUAGGAGGUUCGCUCUCGAUAUCCCGGAUUGUUCGCGAUUUCAGAACUUGCAUGCUGCUAACAUUGGAGAUAGUGGAUUUUUGCUGCUAAGAGGUGGUGAAGUUAUAUACCAAUCACAAGUGCAACAACAUAGAUUUAACUGUCCAUAUCAGCCUCAGCUUGGAAAAAACAAUGAUUCCCCCGUCUCGGCGCAGGAGCUCACCGUUUCAGUGAAACUCGAAGAUGUCAUUGUUGCUGGAAGUGAUGGGUUGUUUGACAAUAUGCAUACAAGUGAAAUUGAAGAAUUGGUGAAACAUGGUGUGGAAGAAGAUUACACCCCACAACAAUUAGUUUGGUCUCUAGCAUGGUUUGCUCAUAGUUGUUCUUUCGACAGAUUAAGUUCUAGUCCAUUCGAAAUAGCUGCUCAAGAGGCAAGAAUGGAAUACAUGGGAGGCACUUGUAAUGAUGCCUUUGUUCAAGAAGUUGGAGCUAGCAGGGGGGCUUUCAUUGACUGGGAUGCGCUGACUGAUGAUAUUCGUAGUUUCUUUAACCGCCAAAGGAAUUCUGGUACUUGCAAGUAUUAUUACAGUUUGCUCCAAGAUUGCACAGAGAAGUAUGGGAGUGAUAGCUCUUAUUGUGCUGCUUAUCAUAGGUGCACUGCAAAGCUCUCAUGUAACCCUGAAGAUGCUAAAUGAUUCUUCUAUCCUAGUCCACUUUGAGGUUCUGUGCAAACUGUCAUUGCGGUUGAGUUAAUCAUGCAAUGGAAAUAAAAUUUGUUGAUUUGAUGAGUCAGCAGCUAUUCCGAAUGGACUAGAACUUAAUCUGUCGAAAGAAUAUCUGUGAGCAAACCAUGCUAGAUACCAAGCUAAUUGUUGUGGGAUGUACUCUUCUUCCACACCAUGUUUCACCAAUUCUUCAAUUUCACUUAUAUGCAUAUUGUCAAACAACCCAUCACUUCCAGCAACAAUGACAUCUUCGAGUUUUACUGAAACAGUGAGCUCCUGCGCCGAGCUGGGGAAUCAUUCCUUUUUCCAAGCUGAUAUGGGCAGUUAAAUCUAUGUUGCUGCAUUGGUGAUUGGUAUACAACUUCACCACCUCUUAGCAGCAAAAAUCCACUAUCUCCAAUGUUUGCAGCAUGCAAGUUAUUGUCUGUGAGGGUUAUAAUGCAAACAGUGGCGGAUCCUUUGGGCUUAGUUUUUAAGAAAGCUUCAUUCAAGACACUCUUUGGAUCAGUAGGUCAUUCGGUUUGAUCAUAAAUUGCUCAUAAAUUGUUGUCAUAGUAUUAGCUAUUAAUCGUUGCGCAUAGUUGCCCGCGUCCACACCCUUCUUGCUCUAACCACCAACGCCAUCUGCAACUCCUAUAGUUUUCUGCUCAUAACAAAUGAAAUGAGCAUCCUCCCCUGUUGCUUGGGUAUGUAAAAUGAUUCAACAUCCAUCUUCAUUUUUCUUUUGUAAGCAAUAACACUUUGCGAAAGGUUGUAUGGAUGUAGUUCUUGAGCAGAUUUUCUGUUCUUUCUUUUACUGUUGAGUCCGACGAAGAGGUUGCAUUCAGACUACGACGAGAGAAGACUCUGGCGCUUGCGUUCUGACCACGAGAAGAAGACUCCGGCACUUGCAUUUUGACCACGAGAUGGGGGUUUCCUUAUGCAAUGAACAGCAAAUCUGUGAGUGUAAUAUUUUCCCAACCCUGCGGCUAGAUGUUUUCAAUUUUAUUUAUUAUUGUUUUUCAUUCAGUGGUCAUUAUAUGCCGCCAUCUCUGCUCAAAGCUAGCGAAUUCUUUCUGGUUUAUCUCUUUAGCAUAUGUGGGAAAGUGCUUAAACAUCUUUAGAACUAAAGGCACAUUGGUCAUUCCAGUUCAUGCAUAAUCUAUUUUGAAGUUUUUGCAACUUAAAUUUGGUGUAGCUUGUGUAAAGUUGUAUGUUUUGUAAUUAUUUAUGUGUAAUUUAUUGAUUGAUAGCCAUACCAAAUAAUUCAGAAAAGAAGUUUUUGAGUUUGAGUUAAA